UAUACCGGGUUAAAAUUUCGGAAGUGGUUUAUCUAGGCCUAUACAACGGAAAAAUGGUGGAGCAACCGGAUAAUCAGCCCGUCGUUCCUACAGAGAGUGAAGCACUAAAGAUCAUGAAAGCACCUUUAUCACCUAACGCUGCAAAAGAACCCCUCUACAGUGAAAUGAUCCCUGAAGAUCUUUUAUUUGCUCUAACUGAAGUAAACAAUCUACUCGAAACAAAGAAAGAAGGAGAACUUGCUCCUGUUAAAACACUCAAAACUCCAAAAGAAAUGAGAGUGGCGCUUGGAAAAGGUAUACCUGACAAUGUAUGGCAUCAUAAAGCAAGAAGAAUACAGUUUCGUCAUUUGACUGAUCAUCCAAAAAGUGAUGGCAAAACUGUUGGAUCAAAAGAUAUUUCAUUUUUAUAUGACGUAUCAGCAAUGCAGAAACCUCCUUCAGAAAAACCGAGCCGACACGAUAAAAGUUCUUCACGAUCACAAGCAUCAAGAGAGCUUAAUGCUACAAAAUCAUCAUCAAGUAAUCUGGCGGUACCUGACUCCAUUAUACCAGAUGAAUAUCAUUUAGUAAAAAGUAAAGGAGUUCUUGGACUUGAAUAUAUGGAUGAACAGAUGACAACAAAUCUUGCUGAUAAGGAGAAAACAUUAAGAGUGUUUCCAUCGCUUAAACCUACGAAGAGAUUUGAAGUUGUUCAACUGAUGAAUACAAUGGAUCAAAUGUUGGCAAAAGCAGGAGUUGAUGACAUUGAAAAUGAAGCAAAAGGACCAACACAAAUUCAUAAUUUAUUGGAAAUUAUUAAGAAGGAACAACAAAUUUAUGAUGUAGUAUUUCAUGAGGUUAUAAGGCAAGUCAGCAUUGAAUGUGUUGAAAGAGGACAAUUAAUUUCAAAAUUACGACAACGAUACGCUGAUCUUUUGAACAGGAUUCCGAGACAGAUCAAAAGUCUUCAUGCUGAAGUCAUGGCACAAAGAUCACUCGAUCGCAGAUUAACAGAAGAAUUGUUAAGAUUUAAAACUUCUAUUGGGAACUUGACAAAUGAAUUAAUAGCUGUGAAAGAACAUGACAAAAAGAUCACACAGGAAGCUGAAAUUGCACAACUUGAUCUUUCUGAAGCUUUAAAGGAAUCUCAGAAAAAUGCAAAUCUUGUUGAUGAAUACCAUGAUUUGUAUGAAUUACAACGGCAUCGAUUAGAAACUCAAGUUUCUAUUUUAACAGAAGAACGAGAUUUAUGGUGUAAUGCUUCAUAUAGUCUUGGACUGAAAAUAAUAUCAGAAAAUUCACUCAGCACUGCCAAACGAUUACUUGUUACUGAAAAAGCUUGGCAUAAACUUGGAUGUCAUUUUACAGUCUUAAUAAGUGAUUGUGAUACUGAAAGCCUGGUUCAACUCCAUCAACAUGUAGAACAAUGGAGGGAUAUGAUUUUCCAUUUUCAUCAAGUAUUGGAUGCCGCGGAUAAAACGACAGCAAACGUAUUGACAUUAGUAAAAGAGGGAAUGGAACAAUGGAUAAAUACUUUUGAAGACACACUGAUGGGAUAUUUUGAAGAUACAGAUAUUCGAACAAUAAAGUUACCUCCUAGUGAUUUGAUUGAAAGCUUACAAGUUGAUAUCGCACAUUGGGAAGAGCAAUUAAGUGAGAAUUCUGAAAGAUUUGGUGGAGAUACUCUCUUAUCUAAUCAGGAACAACUGAUAAAAAUGGGAAAGGAAGUUGAUAGUUGGACUGAUGUUGCUAUCACAGUGUAUGAUAGGCAUAGGUCUGACCAAGGAGACAGAUAUCCAUUGCACAAAGUCAUGACAGAAAACAAUAAAACUUUACAAGACUUGACGAAGCAGCUAGAAAUACGGAUAUCAGGAGAAAAUGGUGUGGCAAAGGGAAUGAUAACAAUGCAAAAUAAUCUUGAUACAUGGAAUACAAGACUUAUUAAUUCAAUGCGUGGUGCAGAAGCAAUAUCUGAUACAGAAUGGUUGAGGUUUUUUGAGCUGAUGCAAGAUUAUGUUGCUUCCUUGAACGAUACAAUAGAUUGUGUUGGAUCGCAACAAAAAGAUGAAGAUAAGAAUAAUCCUGACUCGUCAUAUGACAAAAUAUAUGUUGAAAAUUCCAUUACUAAAAUUCAAAAAUGGUUGAAAGACACAGUCAAUGGUAUUGAAGGAGAAAAUGGAAAAAUGGUCGCUCAGGUUUCUUCCAUUCAUACAAGAAUGAUUCAUUGGAUGGUUCAAAUGUUGUUAUUGCUUGCUCCAAACAAAGCCAACAAAAUGCCUUCGGAAUCAAGUUUAGAAGCAAGCUGCUCUCUUGAAGAAUUAACUAAAAAAUGUCAAGAACUAAGUGACCAUUUAAGCAGAAUAACAGCAUAUUUAUGCCAAUGUACAAACAGUAUUGUACAAGUAUCUGUGCAAAGGAAGAAAGAUGCCGGAGAUGAUGACGCUGAUCAUGAACAAAGAGAUUUUGCCAGAGUCAAGUCUGAAUGUAAAGAAUGGAUCAGAACUUGUCAGCUGCUUCUGAAUACAUUACUUAGCGAACCUAUUCUUCUUCUUGAUGAAACUGUUAUUGCAAGACUUGACCAAGGAAAAGGUGGGCCGAAAAAAUCAGGUUCAAAAGAUACUCAAAAGGAGAGUAAAAUACCUCAGGAAAAAACUACUCAGGAAAAGGAGGCAGUAGCUGAGGAGGCUGUAGCAAAAGAAAGUGAUGUCAGUGUCAAAACUAGUGAAGAAUCUGUGGCCAAAUCAGAGACAGCUAAGCCUGCACCAACCAAAUCUGAAGAAAAAGUUCCUGAAAAAGUUUCAGAAGAAAAUGUAAAAGAUGAAAAACCAGAAACACAAGAACAACUUCCGUCGAAGAUGACCAGAAGUUUGGAGGUUAUUGGAGCAGAUGAGAAUGUUCAAACUUCAUCUCUUGAUGAAAUACAAACAGGAAAAACGCCAUCUCAAACAAAUAUGAGUGAUGGACUCACACCUCCCUCAUCAGCACUCACUCAAACUGCUUAUGAUGCAAUUGCAAAAAUGGAUGAAAUUCAGUCACAACUGCUUGCUACUGAAGAAAGAGCUCAAGAAGCUGAAUAUAAAGCACUUGAAAUUGAAGAAGAUUUAAAUGAAGCUAGAGAGAAGAUAAGAUCUUUAGAAAGACAGCUUGCAGCUGCAGAAAAGCGUUCUGAAUCAGAAACAAGUUCAAAGCCUCCCACACCAGUUGUUGAACCACCGACAGUUCCGUCACCUGAACAAGCUCCAACACCUACAACAGAUGCAAUGGCAUCAAAACCUGGUACAGCUGAUCCUGGCAAGAGAUCUUCAUCAAGGGCAGGACAGGAAAAAAAGAAAUCAAAAUCUAAGAAAAAAUAGCUUUCAAUUCUGCCUAACUUCACUGUAAUUUAUAUUAAUGAUUGUUUUGAAAAAUAUAUAUUUUUGUGUCUUUCCUAAAGUUUAUAUUUUAUAAAUGAAAUGGUAUUAUAAUUGGAGA